UCUCUCCAUGGUGACCCCCUGCCCCUCCCCCAGCUCUGUUCAACCUGAUCCCGGUGGGGCUCCGCGUUGUUGCCAUCCAGGGGGCGCGAGCCGGGCGCUACGUGGCCAUGAAUGGGGCCGGGGUCGUCUACGCCUCCGUUCACUUCACGGCCGAGUGUCGCUUCAAGGAGUGUGUGUUUGAGAACUACCACGUGCUCUACGCCUCGGCCCUAUAUCGGCAGCGACGUUCGGGGCGGGCCUGGUAUCUGGGGCUGGACCGACACGGCCGCCCCAUGGCCGGACACCGAGUGCGCAAGGACAAAGCGGCCGCACAUUUCCUGCCCCAACUGCUGGAGGUUGCCCUUUACCGGGAGCCGUCGCUGCACGAAGUGGAGGAACCACCCGGGGCGACCCCAGAGGGCACGUAGCCCACGACCUCUGACCUCUGACCCCCAGCCUCUGACCUCCGCUCCCACUGUGACCUCUGACCCCGCUCUGUGACCUCUGACCCCGCUCUGUGACAUGGGACCUCCAACCCCGAAGUCUGACAUAGACCUCUGACCUCUAACCCCUGUCCUGAACAGUGACCUCUGACCCAGAUGAUGACCUCUGACCCCAAACGGUGACCUCUGACCCCCAACUGUUACCUCUGCACUGUGACCUCCAAUCCUGACCUCUGACCCCAACAGGUGACCUCCAACCCCCGACCUUCUGACCUCUGACCUUGACCCCACUCAGUGACCCCUGACCCCGAACAUGACCUCCCACAACUGUGACCUCUGACCCCACUGUGACCUCUGACCCCACUGUGACCUCCGACCCCACUGUGACCUCUGACCCCGCCCCCCCUGCACUGACACCCCCCGCGG